GUCGCAGAGGGUGAGGCGGAGAGAUGAACGACAGCCCUGAGCACACGCCAUCGCCCCGCAGUGGGGAGAGGCGGCGGCGGCCUCUCCCGCACCCACCGCCAUCCCCACCAGCAAUGGAGCUGCAGCAGUGUGAGAGACUUUCUCAACUGGUGGAGGAUCUCACGACCUCAGGAGAGCCAACGCUCAACUCAGAAAAAAUGAAGGAACUCAAGAAAGUUUGCAAGUCAUCCGAAGAUUAUAUCAAGCAAGUGUACCAUUUACUCAUGACGCAGCUGAACAAAGACCAUGCAGAGAUCCGGCUAUCUGCAUUUCAAAUAGUGAACAAACUCUUUGCGCGUUCACAUCAGUUUCGGACGCUGCUUGUUUCGGACUUUCAGGAGUUUUUGGAAUUGACGGUGGAAACGGAUUAUGACCAGCCUCUGCCACCGCCAAAAGAGGUCGCUCAGAAACUGAAGCGGUUAGCCAUUAAAUCCGUGCAGGAAUGGCAAGAGAAAUAUGGUGAUGCUUACAAGAAACUCUCCCUGGGUUAUCAUUUCCUAAAGCACAUCAAACAGGUUGAUUUUCAAGAUAUUCGAGCUAGAACUCAGGCUGAGAGGAAGCGAGAGGAGGAGAGACAGAGAAGAUUGGAGAAUAUUAAUAAAGUGAAAGUGAAGAGAGUCGAAGAAGAAAUGGCAGAGAUGACUGAGGAAAUGCAGAAUUGUCUGACAGAGCUGGAGGCCUGUUUCCAUUUUCUGAUGCCACAUCUCGAUGAGUUCACCAUUAAUGGGAAUGACUGUCUGCUUGAACAGGAAGUAACUGAUGAAACAGAUCAGUCAAACUGUAUCGCCAGCGGACAGCAAGGUGUCCAUCCACAUUGCAUGGAUCUGUUUGAUGAUGAGCAGCCAUGCAGCAGUAAGGACUUUCCACCACUGCCUUCAGUGAAAAUAACUCCGGAAAAUCAGGCCUUGGGUGAAAAGACAGAGAGCCCACAACAGGAUGGAAGCAGUGAAAGUGAAGAAUUUGAAUCAACAACAACAACAACAACAAGAUUCCAUUUACGGGGGGUGGAGGAGAAGCCAUUCGUCGAGAAUUCGUCAGAUGAAGAAAAUGAAGAAACCUUUAUUAGAAAUCAUGGCCUUGUAUCCCACAAAUAUUUUCUCAACCUAGAAAUUGACACAGGCUUGAAGGUCCGUGAGGAUGAAGACAACACUGCUGUGGUCAGCAACAUAAAGGACUUUGAAAGACUAGUAACUAAAAAGUACCUACCGACUGUCAAGUACUGGAUCCAGAUAUUCACCAAGGCUGGUGUUCACGAUGUUCGCUUGAAGCAAGCUAUUGAUUUAAAAAAUGCAAUGGAGACAGCAGUGAAGAAGCACGAGGAGAUGAACAUCAGUUACAAGAAUAGGAAUAGAAAAGUGUUAGUGGCUUGGGGACAGAUUCACCUGACUUGCCGGAGUGCAAUAAUUUGCAGGACCUUCCAGAAAGGGUAUUAUAGAGUGGACUGUCAGCACAGUUUUUGGAGUUACAAAGAGGAAGAGGGCGAGAGUGAGAAUAAUGAGUUGGCAGCCAUGCUGAAGACCAGAUACAUCACCUUUGCCGGAGAGUUUCAGCCAGUAAAUCACAAGUGCCAAGCACCAAUGCCUGAUGGAACACUUUGCCAACGCCAGGAUCGGCUCAAGGUCUAUAACUGUUGUUUUAAGAUCACCAGUAGCAGUAAGCUAUGUUUUUUUAAAAAAUUUGCAACAG